AUGAUGAGUGGGCGGAGGAUAAGGCAGGUGAAUGCGAAGAAGAAAAUCGAGGAGUGGAAGGCCGAGGAGGAGGAGAGGAAGCUGGAGAAAGUAGCGGAGGAGUACACCAAAAAGAUGAAUAGUAAGAAGAUGAUGGUUAACAAGGGAAAAGGAAAUUCCUACGCCGUGGACGAGUAUUUUUCUGGGUCGUGCAUAGAAUCUUCGAAUAAAGAGAAACCCCUAAUGAAUUUCGAUGAUGGAAUCAAUUCAGCUGCUGAAUUAGAGGUUCUUCUUGGGAUGGAUGGGUUGAAAUCAGAGCUUCAGGCAAGAGAGUUGAAAUGUGGAGGGAAUUUGCAACAACGUGCGACCCGCCUUUUCCUUCUCAAAACAAAGUUAUUCGCCAAGAAGUGA